UGCUUGUGUACUACUACCUUAUUUCAUAUACAAAAAUUACUGAAAAUGGAUCAGACUUCCAUGAAAACUCUUGGAAGAAAACAUAAAUGUAAAUCUUCCUGACCUUGGAUUAGGAAUAAUUUCCCGGAUAUAAUAGCAAAUACACAAGCCACAAAAGAAAAAGUAGAUACAUUGGCAUAAUCAAACUUAAAACCUUUUUGCUUUGAAGAAUAUCAUCAAGAAAGUGAAAAGAUGAUCCAAAGAAUGGGAGGAAAUUUUUGCAAAGUUAAAUGUCUGAUAAGGGACUUCAAUCUAAAAUAUGUAUAAAGUACUCCUACAACUUAGUAAUAAAAACAAAAACAAAACAUUUAAAAAUGGGCAAAGAAUCUGAAUAGGCAUUUUUCUAGAGAGGAUGUACAAAUGACCAAUAAACACAUGAAAGAUGCUCAACAUCAAUAACAGGGAAUUGCAAAUCAAAAACACAAUGAGAUACUACUGCUCAUCCACUAGGAUGGCUAAAAUCAAAAGAACAAAUAAUAACAAGUAUUGGCAAGGAGCUGGAAAAAUUGAAAUCCUCAUACAUUGAUAGAAGGAAACAAAUCAUGUAGCCCCUUUGAAAACCAGUCUGGAAGUUUCUCAAAAAGUUAAAUAUAGAUUUACCACAUGACCCAGCACAUAACUCCUAUAUAUAUGGAUACAUAUAUGUAUGUGUGUGUGUAUCUAUCUAUAGAUCUAUGUAUAGAUCUAUACAUAUAUAUCUACAUAUGCAUAUAUGUGUAUAUGUAUUUCCGAGAGAAUUGAAAAUAUGUUCACAAAAAGCAUAUAUACGGACAUUCAUCGCAGCAUUACUCAUAAUAACCAAAAAAUGGUAACAACCCAAAUGUCCUAUCAAUUGGCAAAUGAAUAAACAGUAUAUAUUCCAUACUGUGGACUGAUAUUCAGUCAUAAAAAAGAAAUGAAGUAUUUCUUAUGCCACUACUGGUACUUGCUUCUGUGCUCAUUCAGUGUGGACCUGAUACCUCCUUUGUGAAGUGGCAGAGGAGGAUACUCUGAAAUUCUCCAUGGUCAAUGAAAAGCCCAAGGAAGGAGUCAAGACUGAGAAAAAUGAUCAUAUUAAUUUGAAGGUGUUGGGUCAGGAUGCUUCUGUGAUCAAAAAAAUAAAAAAUAAAAAAAAGAUUAAGAGGCAUACAACACUUAGCAAACUAAUGGAAGCCUGCUGUCAACCACAGGGUUUGUCUAUAAGGCAGAUCAGAUUCUCAUUUGAAAGACAGCCAGCCAGUGAAACAGACAUACCCACACAGUUGGAAAUAGAGGAGGAAGAUAAAACUGAUGUGUUCCAGCAGCAGACAGAAGGUGUCUACUAAAGAAGGAACCUGCCACUUUGUUCCAGAACUCUGCUCCUACAGACCAAGAAUACAUUCUGUGUUAAAAAACUCAAUAUGGGGCGCCUGGGUGGCUCAGUCGAUUAAGUGUCCGACUUCAGCUCAGGUCAUGAUCUCGCAGUUCAUGGGUUUGAGCCCCGUGUCAGGCUCUGUGCUGACAGCUCAGAGCCUAGAUCCUGCUUCGGAUUCUGUGUCUCCCUUUCUCUCUGCCCCCUCACUCACACGCUGUCUCUCAAAAAUGAGUAAACAUUCAAAAAAAAAGGAAAGGGGUGCCCGGGUGGCUCAGUGAGUUG